AUAUGAAAUACUUAAAGAACAAAAUAAGGUAAGAUAUGUCAUUUUAAAAAAGAAACUUGUUUCCGUACAUUAAAGUACAAAACGUUUUACAGGCUCUUUUGGAGGCGAUGAUCACGAUGAUGUGAAAAAAGAAAUGCUAGCAUAUAUGCAGCGACGUAAAAGGUCAACAGAAGGAUCGGGUAUAGACAGUGAUACCAAAAGUGAUACAGUUUUGUUUCAUCAUACAAUCGAUGAGAUUAAUGAAGAUAUUUUGAAGAAUACAAAUGCAAGUGGAACUAUAGAAGCUAGUAAAAUGGUUGCUAACACACUACCACAAAUUUCACGCCAUACGGGUUUGUUUGAUAUCAAUAAUGUUUCAAGCCCCCUUCAUAUUGAAUAUAAACUACAACAUUCCAAUCACCAUAUUGCAGAUAAUAAAAUUGAUGUAAUAGGGCGUGAUAACAAAUAUUAUGCCAUAAAUCAAGAGAACGUACUCAAGCUCUUUAAUAAAACCCAAAAAGCGAAAGAUAAAGAUUUAUCCAAAAUGAUAGUUAAUGAACUUAAACCUAAAACUGAGAUUGUUGGCGAUAAAAAAGCCCCUGUCAUAUCAAAUAUUACGUUCACAUCAGAAAAUGAUACUCUAACAGCAAUGGCAUUUAUUGCUGGUAAUUUAUUAAAUAAAUUGUGGAAUAUAGAGAGAGAUACGAGAGACGAGUCGUUAGAAACAGAAAAAUUGAAACAUGAAAAAAUAACUGAUCUUAUUGAACUAUUCGAGGAACCUUUAUCUUUGCGACAGGAAAUGUUUUUAAAAAAUGUUUUGGAACAUCUUUCAAAAGCCGUAACCAAUAAAGAUAUUAAUAAUACUUCAUUAUGUGAAAAGAUUAAGGAAGAUAAGAAGUAUCUUAAAGAUGUAAAAGAUCCAAAACUAAAUGAAAAUAUAGGUCACGUAGAUUGUAAUAAACAUACAAAUGAAAUGUUAAUAAAAGAACAAAAUACUACUGCAAGAGCUAUUGAAAAAAUGAGUAAAGUCUUAGAAUUAUUACAAAAAUUUGAAACAGUUCAGAAACAUCUCAGUCAUUUAAAACGAGAACUACCUACUGCUGAUAAAAAUAAAACAAAUUUGAGAAUAAAUUACACAAUGGAUGAGUUCUUAACAAGAGACGAGACAUCUUCUUUGAAUAUAAAUGGUAAAAUUUUAGAAAAAAUAACAAAAAUGAUCAUUCCUAAAAAGAAAUCUAAGAAGAUAACUAAUCGAAUAAGAAAUCAAAAUAUAUUUAAAAAUGAAGACGAUAUUAAAGCAAAACUUAAAGAUUUAUAUGGAGUCGAUUUAGGUAAUAUUCAUUUAACAGCUAAAGAUAAAUUAAUAUUCGAUUAUUUAUUUAAUCUAAAAAAUCAGGAUUGUCCAGUUCAAAGAGGAAAUUUAAGUCCUAUGUCUAACAUAGAAGGAAAUAUUUUACUAAAUCUUUCUGAGUUCUUCAAAGUGAAGUCUCUUACAGAUUUAGUAAAGCUUUUAGAACCAACUAAACAAAAUAAUACAAUUUUACGUGGUUUAUUCUCUACAACUGUCCCUCCAAUAACUAAAGUUACUAUUCCUGUGUCAUCUUUAACAACUUUAUCUUCUAAUAGUAACAAAUUGGAAAAAUUAAGUAAAACUAAAGAGAAGCUAAAAGAUCAUUUAAAAACUAUUAUAAACGAUAUAAUUGAAUUACAAAAUGCAAGUAGUAUACCCAUAAAAGACAGAAAAAUUCAAAUAUUUGAAAUGUUGCCUUGCAUAUUCAAUGUUUUGAAAAAAAAUUUUGGAGAAUUAAAAUCUAAUAAGAGUGUUAAUCCAACAGAAACAGUUAAAAAUUUGUUUGAAAAAUUAAAAAAUGACUUUAAAUAUUCACCACAAACACGUAGAUUUAAUUUUGUUCCUGAAUCAAGACCAAAGUCAGCUGUAGUCUGGGAGAGAGUGGCAAAAAAUUUGGGUACUAAGAGAAAACUCAAUACCCGUCGGCAUUCAGAGGCAUUAACAAAAUCUUAUGACGGAAUAAGAAAGGAUAUCAAUAAAGUAGAUAAUUCUGGAUCAAAUGUUUACAAAAAUCAAGCUAUUCCAAAGAAUGUGCAUCCAGCAAAAAAACUAGUAUUAUUAAAAGCCCUGAAUGCAGAUAUUAAACAAUAUGUAAAUGUAUUAGAAAAUAUUCAAAUGUACUUGAGCAAUGCAAAUGCCGUUCCAGCAGAUAAAACAGAUUUACAAGAAUUUAUAGAAAAUGCUGCUAUAAAUGUAAACCUUAAUGAAAAAGUUUUAAAUGGUUUAAAUUUACAGCAGAAUGCUAUGAAAAGAGAAUUCUCUUCGAUAUUUAAACAUAAUAAUGUUAAAAAUGGAAAUACAAGAAAUCAACAUAUAAAAUUAGAUAACGUAACUCCUUCGUAUAAUGGCAAACUAAAAUUAUCUAGACAUGAUAUAGUAAACCAGUUAAUGAAAAAUCGAUUACAAUUAUAUUUAAAUAUUAAAGAAGCCGAAGGCGCAGAUAUAAACGGGGAUAUGAAUGCCAGAAUAGCAAAUAAGAUUCUCAGUUAUUUAGAAAAUGGCGAUAACAAUUUAGCAAGAGACUUGUAUAAAAUAUUUGAAAGAAAUAAGGAGCAAAAUCGGUUUGAAGUUGUUGCCCGAUCUGAGCCUGAAUUUGGGAUAAAUCAAAAGCCUGAAAUAUCGAAAUCUUGGAAGGAACCUAUUAUACAAUUCGAAGAUGUAAAUCAUCAAAAUAAUCCAAUCAGAAAACUAACAAAGGAUACUCUUCUUAAGCAGUUAUUAAAUAUAAAGCGUAUGAAAGUUUGAUGUACAUAUUUUUAUUAAUUAACUUAUAACAUUUUUCUACAUUUAUAGUUUUUUUUUUUAAUAAAAAAUUAUUCGUAAAAUUUA